AAGCAAAACUGAGAGCACAACUUCAGAAUUAGGGAAAAAGCUUCAAGUUAUAUUUUUGAAUUAACGUCGAGGAAUUAUACGAAAUCGAAUAUAUCGCCCUUCACGACUUUGAGACGUUGUAUAUUCGAUCGUUUAAUAUUCCACCUUCUUCUUCUUCUUCUUAUUGACAACGGCACGGCGCUACUCAACACCACGAUCGUCGGUCGUGACAGCGUGCUGCUGCUGGCCAAGUACAACAAGAACAUAAGAACAUCUGUGAACUAGAGGUGGAGCUGCAGCAAACCAUUGACCUGAUCGGAACUUCAUCAAGGAGCACAACACGCUCACUGUACUGAAGAAAAGAACCUGAAGAUCCUGAAGAAGAAGAAAAACCACGACCCCCGGAGGUUGUACUGAGACGUCGAAAAUGAGCAGCAAAGCGCGACCUGCGGUGCUGUUCGGGCUGAAUCUGCUCAAUCAGCAGGACGCAAAUGCCAUCUCCUUCAUGCACAAAGACUCGCCAUCGGAGUCCUGCUGCGGAGGCGAUUCCGACGGUGGAGUGAGCGCGGUAUCAAAUGUAAAAAUGUCUGGGUCGGUCUGGAGGAAUGCAACUUGUCAUGCUAAAUCUCAAGCAUACAAAAAUCUGUGUUGCAUGAUUACCAAAAGUCGUCCAGUUUUGACCAAGUCGGGAGGGAGUUUCUCAUGCAGGAUAGGCAUGGGAAAGGUCUCGCAGAGUCUGUCAUGCUAGAUCCUGCAUUCCAGACCUCAUGGGUCAUGGAAAAGCAGCAUGACAAGUCGCGCACUCUUCCAGACCCAGACAUUUUUGCAGUUGAUAUGCGGCGGGCGUGAACGAAAGCGCCCCGGCGGAGUGGGCACUGGACCCGGCGGUGUACCUGAGCCCGAUUGGAUAUGGAUGUGGCAGGAUUGAAAUCGUCAAAGUUGAAAUGAUUUGCCAUGCAUAAAAUCCAAGGCAUGAAGUGCCUGUCUUGCCGGGAUGUCAAGUGAUGCAGAUUGUGAGCCUAUUUAGGCUUUGGGAUAGAGCUGCCAAAGGAGCAUGACAAAAGCAGUCUUCUGUGCCAAACAGCAUGACAAACUGGAUGUGGACGGUUGCGAAAUGUGUCAUGCGCCGCUCGGAAAUUGGGCUUCCAACUGGUAUCGAUUUUAUGCAUUACAAGUUAUUGCAACUUUAUUGUCGGUUUCAAACCUGACACAUCCAUACUGGAGAGAAGAACAAGGAGUACCAUGUAUCAUAUGUAAAAACGUCCCCACCCGCCCAUAGUCAAGUUGGGAAAUCUGCAAGACCAAUCUCCAAGGUUUGGGAAUUAUGCAUGACAAAACUGGUCGAAGCAGUGUAAUCCUGUUUUAUAACUAGUAGCUCAGCAGCAUGACAGAUGUAGCACACCAUGCUGAUUGGAGCAAGACAAAUCCCGAAACACGACCAGAAAUAAAUGCUUCUCAUGGGUCUCCGCAACAUGAGAGACAUUUUCACCAUGCGGAUUUGCAUGAUAACUAUGGGGUGGGGACGUUUUUACACCGGAUAGCAUGCGUUUCUGAAGGACGACUAUGUCGUGCCGGACUGGAGUGCCGGCGUGAUUCCGAAGACGGUCAUCCGCAUAUGCAUUGCAAAUACGUCUGGGUCUGGAAAGAUUGAACCUGUCUUGCGUGUUUCGCAUUCCUAAAAAAUCUGUAUUGCAUAAGCAGCAAAGUAGAAAGCACCACACUUCCGUCAGGCAAAAACGCAGUUUGUAAUGCGUCCUGCGCAUGACAGAGCGUUUGAGAAAUUUGUCAUGCUGCACUGCACUUAGAGGCACAGUCAAUCAUGGCCAUUCAGCAUUACAAGUUUCCAGACCCAGACACAUUUGCAUUUGAUACCGCACGGCAUUUUUCGAUUCCGCGCUGAACGUGACCGAGCUAUCCUGUGCAAAAGUAUCUUACUCGUACUAAUUGCAGUUAUGCAUUACAAAUCUAGGCUGUUCAGGUAAAUCCGCAUUACACAUUUAAUUUGUAAUGCUGAGAUAAUUUGUAUUGCACUUCAUACUAGUACGAUACUUUUGCAAUUCAUACGAGCAGGAGUUCCGCGAUUAUUGGGAAUGGAAGGACCCCUCUCUGACCGUAUCGAAUGCAAAUGUGUAUAUAGUCUGGAAAGAUGCAGCGAAUUUGUGUUGCUGCGUCUUGCAUGACAGAGCGAUCUACUUUUGUACGGCAUCCACGCAUCACAAAUGUUUCGUAUGGUAUUGCGAGUUCUACCGUAUUUUGCAUGACAAACUGGCUUCCAGCACGACAAAAAAAACUACCCCAUCGCACUCAUGCAUUACAGAUUUUGAGAUUUUGUUCUCCUGCACAUCUCGCAUCACAAAUCCAGACCCAGAUCGAUAUUUGCAAUGCAUAGACCGAAGCGUGGAACAAAACCAACGAACUGAACCCGGACUACACCACCCGGUGGUUUAACUGGGACACCGCGGCGGCCUACUAUCCUGAGGAAAAACGUGCCCACCCCAUAGUUAAGAUAGGAAAUCUGCUAGACAAAUCAGCGAGCUUUGGCUGUUGCCCAUGACAAGUUCUUUGGCCUCUCAGUGUAAUCCUGUUUGGCUAGUGCAGCAGCAUCAGAGCAUCUAGCACACGAUGCUGAUUUGAGCAUCACAAAUUGCAAAACACCAAGAGAAGCUGCUUCUCAUGGGUCUCCGCAUGAGAAGCAUUUUCAGCAUGCAGAUUUGCAAUACAAGUACAACUCUGGGGUCGUGGGGACGUUUUUACAAAUGAUAACUACGUGGAGAAAUACUUCAAGAAGGAAGCCAAGUGGGCUUUUCACGCGAUCAAACCGGGUGCGAUCAAGUCGGAUUUGUUUCGCCUCAUGGUCCUGUACAAGGAGGGCGGGGUUUACCUGGACGCCAAACUGAUGCCGUUGAAGCCGUUCGGCAAAAUUUUCGAGGCUGCCUGGAACGGGUAUGGCGUUCUCAAAUGUUACAUUCUCAACUGUUACAUGAUUUGUCAUGCAGAACUACCAUAAGCAGCCACGCGACCAAGGGGCUGCGCAUGACAAAUUUCCUAAGGGCUAAACAGCAUGGAAAUCUGUGCAAAAUUUGCGAUGCUAGAGUUGCAAGAUGCUCCCUUUCAUUUUCGCUGGUCCUGCAUCACAAAUUCAUGUAACUACAGUUGAGCACGUAACGUUUGAGAACCCUAUAACGGAACCAAAGAUUUCCGCUCCGAGCCGGACCAACUUGCCAUGCCCACCGCCGCCGACGUCGGCUACCUCGCGGCUUGCCAAAACUUCGAUUUUGCUUACCCGGGCAACAUGUGGGGUUUAAUGAACGCUUUCAUGGCGGCCAAGCCACAGAACCCCGUCGUUGGCGACAUGAUUUACGACGUUGUGAAGCGCGUGCAGGCGGGCUUCUACGGAUUUUCGUCCUGGGAACCGAGUUAUGCAUCGCAAAUAUGUCUUGGUCUGGAAGAAUACAAACUUGUGACGCGCAUUUCAGAACACAGACACAUCUCUCAUGCAUAGGCAGCAAAAGCUGCCCACUUUGUAGUUUCACCAAAGUGGGGGAUCGAUUUGUCAUGCGGAUUCGGCAUUGCGGAAGCUUCUCGAGGAAACCUGUGAUGCUCGAGCUUCCAUGCCAGACCUUCUGUGUCAUGCAAAAACAGCACGACGGACUCUUCCAGACCCAGCAGACAUUUUUGCAUUUGAUACGAGUGGCCCGGUGGGCAUGUACGUCUCCAUGCUGCGUUCCACGAAAAUAUCCACAGUAAAUUUCCCGUACACGUACAACUACAACAAGUACGGUCUCUGCAUGACAGCACUUGGCUUCGAUCCUAGUUUAGCAUGACAAGUUUUGCGCUCCAACUUGGUGAAGUUUGUGAUGCAUUUAUGUACAUGUACGGGAAAUUUGUCUUGCAUAGAAAAACGACGCCGAAUUGGGCCAGGUGUUGGACGCGAAGCAGUGGUCGGAGCAGGCCGCCGACAACCGCCCGACGAAGUUAUGGAGUGCAAAUAUGUUUGGGUCUGGACACACGGAACUUGUAAUGCUAGUCCUGUCUUUGUAUUUUUCCUGGAAAAUCUGUAUUGCCUGACUAACAGAACAAAUACCUCCUUUUGAUGAUGUCGUACAAAAACGCAGCUUCUCAUGCGGACUGCGCAUGAGAAUGAUGUCUUCGGCAAAUUAUAACUUGUCAUGCUUGGCUGCAUUAGGAUUAGGAAGUUUUUCUGUCAUCCACAUUUCAGCAUCACAAGUUUCCAGACAUCCAGACAUAUUUGCACUUGAUAGAAGUGCCCCACCCUGCAGGGCGGGCCCGGGAAAGUCACGUUCAUCAUCUACGAUGGGGCGUGGAUAUGCAGUGCAAAAGUAUCGUACUCGUAGUAAUUGCAGCUAUGCAAGACAAAUUUCGUUUUCAAGCUAAAUCAGCAUGAGAAAUUCCAUUUGUCAUGCUGAGCUAAUUUGUAUUGCAAUACUACGAGUACGAUACUUUUGCAAUGCAUAGUGGAACUGGUGGCCCAGCGAGGCGUAUCAUGAGGAAAAAUCCCCCCUCCCCAUGUCAUCUUUGUCUUGCAGAAAGUGCGUGGUGGUACUAUUUUCCAAGCGUGUUUCUUGGGUACUAUGCACAAGGCUAGCAAUGAAUUAGGCAUGGCAAACAGGCUUCUUGCAGUAGUCGAAAGCGCAUGUUGACUGACUGACUGUAGAAUGCGCCACAAGGCAGCUCCUAUUUUUACCCUGCAGGCAAGAUACGGACGAUUUGUGGCCACAAAGAAAUCGGCAUCACAAGUUUCCAUUUUGAUAUGGGGAGGGGGGUGGAUUUAUUUUCACUUUGAUAAGGGUACCACAAACCACGGUUGGUCGCCCGACUCGGCAUCCUGCGGGGGCUCGUAUCGUAUUGAAAAACGUCCCCACGACCUCAUAGUUGCAAAAAUGCAAAUCUGCAUGCUGAAAAUGUUUCGGAGCUGCCCCAUGAAGAGCAUUUUUAUCUAGUCGCGUUUUGGAAUUUGCCAUGCUCCAAUUCGAAUGAUAUACUAGAUCUGUGAUGCUGCUGAACUACCUCAAACCGUACUACACUACGAGUGCAAAAAAUUUUUCAUGCAACACAGCCAAAACUUGUGGAUGUGUCUAGCCGAUUCCCCGUCUUGACUCUGGGGUCGUGGGGACGUUUUUACAUAGCAUAGCUCGUGCGGCCCGGGCGCGAGCGGUGACGCGGAGGAGGAUGAAAAUGCGUUGGUGCGCAAGAACUACCGCAAGGAAAAAUCCCCCCUCCCCAUAUCAAAAGGAGCGUUCUGAUGCUGGAUUUGCGUAUACAAAUCAGGUUUGUCUUGCAGUAGAGGACUGCAGGCUCCUGCCAAGCCUGAGUACUAGAGAGCUUUUGGCCUAGGCGCUUAGCAUGAGAAGCGUCUUCUAUGCUGUAGGCCCAACAGCAUCACAAACCGCCUGCAUAAUGCGGCAGAGCCUGUGGCGUUGUCUUCUUGCAAGACAGACGCGAUUUGUGGUCUCAAAUCAGCAAGAUAAGACACACCUUUUCGAUAUGGGGAGGGGGGAUUUUUCCUCUCAAUAAGAACUACCGCAACUUCGAGGGUUAUCCUGAGUAAAAACGUCCCCACACCAGAGUCAAGAUGGGGAUUUUGCAACACAAACCUUGAAGUUUUGGGAGCCACGCCUGACAAAUUGCAGGCUGUAUUGUAGUGCAGUUUAGCAAGGGAAGUCGCAUUACAAAUCCAUCUGCUUAUCCUGUUUACAGCAUUACAAAUUCCCAAACACGAUUGAAAAUGCCUGUCAUGGGGUUGCGCAUCACAAAUGUUCCUGUCAUGGCAAAUCUGCAUGACAACUCUGGGGUGGGGACGUUUUGACACAGGAUAAGGGUGGCGGCGGCUGGGACAACACCGGAGACACCCCCGCGGGCUUGGUCACCCUGAAGGGCACGAACUACCAGAAGAUGUGGGAAUAUUACAAUGAAAAGUGCCCCCACCCCGGAAUUUGCGAAAGUUUCUCAUGCAAAGUUUCCAAAUGAAAGGUUUUUGUCUUGCAUGAAAGGAGCGCAAGCAUUUCUGAUGCAGAAUCUAGGUCCGCAAGGUAUCUUUUGCAUCAGAGAUCCGCCUGCUGUUGGGCUCCUUUGCAUCACAGAUUUUCGCUAUUCAGCAGGGCAGAUUUGUGAUGCUGAUAGAUGCAAGAGGGCGAAUGUUUCAUUUGGAAAGGUUUGCAAUCCAAAUGCUCCCGAGUUCGGGGGUGGGGGCAUUUUUCCUUACGAUAGGGAAGAACACACCUUCUAUGCCAUCAAUUGCUACAACCAGAUCCCCGGGCUGCCGCUUCCCGGCGCGUAUCCGGAGAGCGGACGGUUACCAAACUGCACCAGAACUUCUUCUACCCACUCCCUCUCGUUCUAACUUCUCAGGCAAAAUUGCGUUCGAUUUCCUGCAUAGUAUUUUCCUUGAUGGUAGCUGCUGCAAAAAAAAUAAAGUAAAACAAUAAAAAUGCCUUUUAGAUAGAAGAUGAAGAAGUCGUGCAACUGCAAGAGCAUGGUCGUCGGGAGUAAAAGCUGGGAAUAUUAAACUACAUGGGGUCGACGUGCAGGAGGAAGUAAACCCCUUACAGGAAUAAAAAAUCCUCCGAGUUUUUGCAUAUACAACUUACGCGGACCACGACAGCAACUUAGAUCUGUCAUGCACAGGAUGAAAUUGAUUGAGAGAGGGGAGGGGGGGGACAAAAAUUGUGCACUUGCAUAACACUGCAGGACGACCACGACCACAACAACCACCACGGCUACAACUAUGGGAGGUGCAACAACCACCACGACUACAACUAUGGCAGGUGAAAAAACUCCAUCACAACUUCUAAGUACCAACUCUGCGCAUUUUUGCACAAGAACAUAAAAAGAACCGUGGUCAUGCUGCGUGAAAUUCUUGUGCACGAUAGUCCUCAAGCUUUGGACGUGAUUUGCCUUGUAAAUCUGCAUCUACUUGUUCAAUAAAACUUCCAUGCCGGACGGCGGACAACAUCUUCAAGUCUCUCAUGCAAAACUUGUAACAUGCCGAUACUUGUGGUAGUGAUGUUGUUUUUUUGUUUCAUAACUGCUGCGGCACCGUAAGAAAUUGAUACGACGGUCGUGGUGGUUUUGUAAGAG